GUUGUCGUUGUCGUUGUUGUAUUAUUAUUAUUAUUUUUAUUUUUAUUACUGAGUGCAUUGUGGCUAAUAUAAAAAGAGAGAGAGUCGAUCAUGUGGCUGCUAAACAUUAUCAUCGCCUAUUGCGUGCUCCUGCCAGCCGCGCGAUGCUUCGAGAUGAACAUGACGCAGUACUACGAAAUGCCGCAGCUUUACGACUUUGAUGACUACGAUCGCUGCCUGCAGGAGUAUGGAGCCGGGACCUAUUGCUUUGUGCGCGCAGAGGUGCAGCCGAAUAGCACAGCGGCCGCCUGGCGUGCCAUCCAGGAGAUCUCGAAAUAUGACAGACAUCACUUCGAUCAUCGCCAGCUCUACUUUGGGCUCUGCCUGCACAAAUGCGAAGCGCAGCUGGCUGAACUCGAUUCCAAUGCCAGGCAGAAGUUGCAGACGGGCCUUCUGACGGACAAUGCCAAGGUGAACGUGUAUCUGCAGCUCUUUGACAUGGAGGCGAGCAAUCGGGCGCGUUACAACAAUCUGACCAACGCCUGCCUCAACUGGCGCCUACAGCAGCGACAAUACGAAGUCCAGGCCCGGAGUGUUGUGGAAUACUGUGAUACGGCUGCAACAGCUGGAAAAGUCAGCGAUGAAGAUGAUCUGUGGAAUGUGAGCUUCUAUGUGCUGGUCUUUGUUCUCAUUCUGCUGGCCUGCCUGAGCAGCCUCAUCGACUUGCAUCUGAAGCGUCGUCGUCAUGACAAAAUGUUGAAGGAGCGCGAUCAUUACAAGACGCCGCCUCGCAGCCUGGUCACGCGUCUGCUGCUCACUUGCUCCAUAGCCAGGAAUUGGUAUCGCCUGAACCAGGAACCGAACGGCAAGAUCGGACGCGAAUUGCGUUUUCUCGAUUGCUUCAAGUUCUUUGCCAUGUUCCUGGUGAUCUUUGCGCACACCAAUUGGGUGAUCUACGAGGGCGCCAUCAGCAAUCCCCAAGAUCCGGAACGCCUGCUGCACACAGCUGCCGGCACACUCCUCAUCUCCGGCUCCCUAAUCACAGUCACGUUCUUUGUGAUCAGCGGCCUGUUGCUGACCAUCAACUGGCUGGCGGUGACUCGCGCCUUGGCGGAUGGCAAGCUUGAGACAUGGAGUUUCGGCAAAUACGCUGCGCUCUUUGUCAAGUUCAAUGUCUUUCGCUAUAUCCGCCUAACGGUGCCCUAUGGCUUCGUGGUGCUGCUGAGCGGGGUUUACUUUGAGAAUGCGGGCGGUCCGCUCUGGCGGCACAUUUACCAACGGGAACAGCUCGCCUGUCGCAAGAACUGGUGGACCAAUUUGCUCUUUAUCAACAAUUAUGUGGGCACCGAUGAGCGGUGCCUGCUGCAGGGCUGGUAUUUGGCUUCGGACACGCAAUCCUUUGCUUUGAGCCUGGUGGUGCUGAUGCUGGGCCAUCGCUUUAGUCGCUGGAGCAAGCAGAUCUAUGGCAUUGUCCUGGGCAUCUUUAUGGUGCUGCCAGCUGUGCUGACCUACGUCAUGGACUAUUAUCCCGUUUUUCUGCCAACUCCGCAAACACAGAAGGACUCGUUUAUUGGCAAUACUCAGUUUACUGAAUUCUAUACAUCAUUCCAAAUGAAUUUUGGCUCCUACUUCUGUGGCGUCCUGGCGGCCAUUGCUUACGAUCAGCUAUCCGUGAGGCAGUACAAACUGCGUGAGCUGCGCAGCUUCCAAUUUAUGUGGUUCACGCUGAUUCCAAUCGGUGUUUUCUGGCUCUUUACGGCGCAUCCCAUCUACCAGCAUUACUAUGCGGAGACGCCACGUCUUUGGGGCGCCCUCUAUGCGACCGUGCAGCGCAACCUGUGGGGCUUUGGCCUGGGCAUAUUCGUGGUGGGCAUGGCCGCCAAAGUGGGAUGGAUCAUACGCAAAUUUGCCUGCCUGCCAAUCUUUCGGAUUUUGGGACGGCUCACAUAUGGCGCCUUCAUAGUGCAUCUCUUGAUGGCGCGACUGGCCCUGGCCACGGUGCGUGAGCCCAUUUACUUUGGCACCGGGACUAUGUUCGCAUAUAUAUUUUACGUGCUAUGCGCCUCUUAUUUGGGUUCCCUUGUUUUGGCUAUAUUUUUGGAGUUACCCGUCUCGUCAUGUCUUAAACUUAUGCGCUAGUCAAGGAUGAAAAUU